AUGACCAACAACACUUCCCGACCUGACUCUACCGCCGAAACGGCCUCUGCUUCGGAAUCCAAGCCUGACGCCAAUCCCUCCAACUCAAAAGCCGAAGCUGACAACUCCGACACCUCCGACAACAAAGACACCAACACAGGUGGCAAAGAACAAGUCAAGAUCUACAAAACCAUCUCUCGUGUCCAUCGAGCCUGCAAUGCCUGUCGCAAGCAAAAAGCUCGUUGUGAUGGUCCCGAGAACCCUCCCUGUCGUCGAUGUCGUCAAGUUGGCAUAGAAUGUAUCUUUGAAAAGCCUCCCAAGGAUAGCACUACUUCUGCUUCCACAAGUGGAGCAGACACAGGUGCGAGUUCAGAUAGGAUCAAAGUGUUGGAAGCGCAGAUGGCAGGCAUGCAAAGUAUCAUCUCGGAAUUGGUGGCUAGUAUCAAGGCCAACACCAAUGCCAUUGCUCCGCCACAACAGCCGCCGCAGCAAAUGCAGAUGCUACAGAGGUCCUCAAGUCGGUCUAGAGCUAGUCCGCAUUCCAUUAAGGCGGGCAGAGGUGAGCAACAGUACCCAAGACAAAUGCAGAUCCAGCAGGGGCAGUAUGUCCAGCCUCCGCAUCAUAGCGCUCGUCAUUCAGUUGCAGCGGCGAUGGCGGCGCAAGCCGAGGGCUUGCAGAGCUAUCCACUCCCCGAAGUGGCUAGUUCGACAGCAUAUCCGCAACGACCCCCUUAUCCGCACUCUUCAAGAUCGAUGAGUAGCAACAGCAGUAUGGUCAGCUCUGCUCCUGGGCAAGGUUCGAUAACUGCGAUACCGUUUCAGGCUAUGCCAGGCUAUCCGCUACAACAACAGCCACCAUCCUUCCAAAGCCCGUACGGUCAAUCUACUACCAAACUUGGCGACAACUUUCUGCAGCAACAGCAGCCAGAACUCGAUCCAGGCAUCUGGAACGCCACAGGCAUCAAUGCAUCUACCUCAUCGCAAUCUUUGGAUUGCAAUCGCCACAGAAGUGGAUCUCAUGACCGAGACCGACCUUCACAAUCCCAGCCAUGGCAACAACAGCAAAAUUUGCUUGCUUCUUCCACUUCCCCUUCCGACCGCAACGCUGCUCGAGGACAAGGCGCAGCUGGAUGGACACCUACUUCUUCAGGAGCAACACCUCGCCGCCAAUGGACCUCUUCCGACCGCGCGACAAGUCACAGCCACACCAACGAUCAAAAUCUUACUCCAUCUGACGGCCAACCAGCAGGCGAUGAUGCAGACACACGCGAGACGGAUAUCAGCAAUGAUCAGCUCAGUGCCCCAAUCGAGGCUCUGCGUGGCUUGGCCGAUGCAGCGGCUGCAGCGGCUGCGGAAGAGUCGGAGGGUCAUACUUCCAAUGAUUCUAGCGAUGAGAAGAAUGGCAAUUCUGACAACGGCGCUAAGUCUAAGGGUGACGCUGCCGAUGCUACACCGUCGCUGCAAUUGCUUGACGAAGGUGGCAAGCGGACCGCAUUUGAUGUACAAGAUGAGGCUGAGACCGGUGGUCACUCUCCUCGCAAGAAGGGAAGACGCGAUGCUAGCGGUGGCUCACCACAUGCAGCAGCCUCAACCGAUGCCCGUAGUGAAGGCAAGCCUGGAGCUGCUUGCAACAACGCCUCAUCCACUGCUUCUGCCAACGCAGCUACCACCUCAGGCUCCGGUCUCUCCCCCUCAGCCAGCAGCACUAGUCGAUCAGGCAAGAUGGAAGCUCCCGGACUCAUCACCUCUGCCCCUGGCGAUCUCGUCACCCUCGGCCUAGUCAACGAAACUGACGCCAUGCGUCUCUUCGAAACCUUCCAAAAAGGUGUUCCCAAAUUCAUCUCUAUUUUCCAUCUCGAAGACGAAUCCAUGACCAUAGAAGAAGCGUACCACUACGUCCGCACAACUUCCUAUUUCCUCUUCAACGUCAUGCUUGCCAUCGGCGCAAAGGUCGAAUGUGGUGGCAAAUCCCCGAGCCGAUUAUACCAGACUUGCAUGGCUCAAGCCAAACGGAAUGCAAAAGAUACCAUGUUCACUCCUGUUGCUGGUAAAGCAGCUGUGCAGGCCAUGGUGUUGUUAGCUGCCUAUAGCGACAAUGGUUGGUUGCCGUUGGGAUUGUCGAUUAGGAUGGCGCAGGAGUUGGGGUUGGAUAGAUCCUUUCAGAAACUUAUGUCAGCUUUGCCGGCGAGUGGGUAUAUUAAGCAUCCUCAGCCUCCGCCGCCUCCGAAACAUUUGACUUUUUACCACAACUCGCCACAGGGAUCGCACCAUACCGGUUCGCCAACCGAUGUCAGCUCCAUAGGCGCCGAGUCGGCGGAUGGCAAGAUGGCACCGGCAAGUGCCAAUGCAGUUGCCGCUUCUGCAGCGAAUAGAGGUGCGGAUGCUGCAGCAAAGCGCGAAUUGGAGCAAUUGAAGGACUUGGCAAGAGGUUCGAGGUUGUGGUUCUUCCUCUUUCUUUUCGAUCAUCAGGCAUCCUAUGGUGCUGGUCGACCCGCGAUGCUUUCCAAGCACUACGUGCGUAAUUGUCGAGCUUUCCUCAGUCUCAACUACCCACUUACGGUCAAGACAGAUGCUCGAUUCAUCAGCACUUUGGAAUUGCUCAUCAUUCGCGAAACGCACUACGACGCCAUGGCGCCCUACGAUCAGCCUGUUGAUGCCCGCAUGCUUUCCAAGAUGCGUAAAGUCACCGAGGAACUCAACGAUUGGCACCAAUACUGGUCUUCUGACUUUGAAUCUCGAGGCUACGGUCAAGAUUCCUUCUUCCAACAAUCCCUCGUUCUUCAAUGCGCUAGUGCUGAACUCUACCUCUCUUGCACAGCUCUUCGUGGUAUCCGUGACGCAAACGACGCCGACCGAAUGGGUCCCGAACAGAAGGAACUCAUCAUUCAAGCUACCCGUGCAGCCGAUACUUGCCUUGGCAUCUCCGUCAACGCCAAGGAAUACCGCGAGAUGCUCGGUUGGGCUCCACACUACACCCAUGUUACAGCCGCUUUCGCUUGCGUGUUCUUGAUCAAGAUCGCCCGUCUGUUCCCUAGACAGGUGGACACAUACGGCAUCUUCAGUAAUGCUGAGAGGCUCGCGAGUCGGUUGGCCGAGGUGCCCGCAAGCAAAUAUGCGAGGGUCAUUCGUACCUUGUUGGCUAAAGCGUGGAAAAAGAUUGCUGACUUGAGUCCUGCUAUUGGCUUGUAUGCAGCAUUGGGUACCGAGGGGACGAGGCCCGGUGCGAUUACGCCAGCUGAGAUCAAGUCUGGUGGACCGAGCGAUUCGGGUAUUAGUUUGUUGUACAAGCUGUUGCAGGAACAUCAGAAUGGUCACAUGGAGGUCGACCAGGCUGGAGAGGGUGGACAGCAGCAGUCGGGUAAUCCUGACGCUGGCGCAGGAGGAGGAGAAGAUGGGCUGGGAGGAUCUGGUUCUCGAACGCCUGGGUUCGGGGACAGUAACAAAUGGUUGAUCGCUGGUAUCUCUUCGCCAUCUGUUGGGGCUGCGGGUAUGUCCAGUGGCUUGGGUGGAGCUGGGUCGGGUAGUUUCUCUCCCAACAAAGGUGCGAUGGCAGGACUGUUCAGCCAUCGUGGUAGCAUCAGCGGCUGUGGCUUCGGCCACGGUGGUGGAAACAACGGAAGCAGCGGUCAUGCUGGUAUCGGCGGCGGCGGUAACAACGCAAAUGGCAUUCCAUGGAGCUCUUUCCUCGCGCCAAACACUCCUUCUGGAACGCAAGCAGGAGGUGCGUUCGGAGGUGCUGGCGACGGUUCGCACAACCACAACACCUCUUUGAACCACCCGAUCCAGCUACCUUUGUGGAUGCAAGAGUCCACUGGAGCCUCCGCAGCUGAUCUCGGCGCUUUUGGCGACGCCGGUGUCAACGAUAACAACACCGGCGCCGCUGACAUCAAAGCCUCCCCCAUACCCGGCAGAAGCUGGAGUCACCAAGACCACUAUCGAUCCCCCGUCCCGCACCACGCUUCAUCUGCGAGUCAGUAUAGGUCGCCAGCAUACCAAGCAAGUCAAGCUUGCCUCACAUCUCACCGGCAGCAACACGGUAUGGGCAGCCUAAGCUCGUCUCAAAUCCCUCCACACCAUCAGCAUCGACACUCGAACAGUCUCGGUAUAUCGCCAUCGCCCGGUAGCGGAACCGCUCAGAUGCAGCAAGGCGGUGGCGAUGGCAUGCCGUCUUUCUCGGCAUCAACCAACUUUGAUAGCGUGCUGUCGGAUCUAGGUCUGCCACUGGACGGUCUGGAUGGAUUGUUUGUGGAUUUGCCCAUCAAUGCUCCUACUGGUCAGUCGAACUAUUCAGUUUAA